AUGUCAAACACCGAUCUCUCCCGCAGCUACUUCAACCGGGAGCCGGGGCGGCCGGUGUUUGUGUCGCUGCUGGUGUACCUGGAUGACUCAUGGCCGAAGGACCACGAUGCAGAGACGCUCGUGCUGGAUGCGGCCACCGACUGCGGGCUGCUCAUCCGGCCCAAGCCGGGCCGCGCGGUGCUGAUGCACCAGGACGCGGUGCACAGGCUGUCAGCCCCGUCGGCCGGCGCGGGGCGGCCGCGCUACAGCCUCGUGUGGAAGUUAGUCAUGCUCCCGAAGCCGCCCGGUGACGUCACCGCAGGCGGCGAGGCGGCCGCCGCUCCCGCGGCGCUCGAGGGCUCGGCGGGGACAGCGGGGAGGGGCGGCGGCGCGUGGGGGUUAGGGGGCGCGCUUUGCCUUUCGCGGCCGGAGUGGGGGGAGGCGACGUACUUUGGGAGCGCGGCCCGCCUGCAGGCGCUGGUCCGGGGCGCGGGGAAGCGCGGCGACAGGGGCGGAGGGGGCGCCGGGGCCAGAGGGGGUGUCGGCGCAGGGGCCAGAGGGGGCGUGGGCGCAGGGCCCAGGCGUAUUGCCGGGCUGUGCGGCGCCGCCGCUCGCCAGCCCGCCCCCGCCGCGCGCCGCCGGGUGUCCGUGCGCAUCGCCGAGGUGUCCGAGGCUGUUGCGGCCGCCAACGGCGUGGCCACCAACGGCGUCCCGAAAAUCGUGAUCCCGCCGCCGGCUCCGGCGCCGGCGCCGGCGCCUGUCAUAUCUCCAGAGGCGUUCCGCGACAUCGUGCCCCCUGCGAAGGCGUAUGAGACCGUUGUGGGACUGGGGGCGGCCAGAACCACCAUGCCAUGGCAGAAGGUGCUGUUCAUGGGCGUCCUGGCUGGGAUAUACAUCGGCCUCGGCGGCCUGCUGCUGCUGACCGUGGGCGGCAACUGCCCUGGCCUGGCGGCCUCGAACCCCGGCCUACAGAAGAUGGUGGUGGGGUCGUUCGGGCUGCCUGUUGGGCUGAUCCUCGUGAUGGUGUGCGGCGCAGAGCUCUUCACGGGCAACGUGGCGCUCAUGACAGCGGCCGCCAUCGAGCGCAAGGCGACGCUCCAGCAGGUGGCGAGCAACUGGGCGCUGUCUUUCACGGGUAACAUGCUCGGCGCGGCGCUGCUGGUGUGGAUUGUGGCGGCCACCGGGCUGAUGACCCCGGCUUCAUCCGCCGGCCCCAUUUUGGAAGGGAGAGCGGCAUAG